AUGCCUACAGGCGGGCUCAAUGGCAAGCCCAGCGCCAGGGUGUUCCAGGGCCGGGUGGUUGCCCUAGCAGGUGACAUCACAAGCCAGUACAAGGAGUACACCGAUACCAACCUCAGUAAGUGGCUGAAGAACUUUGGCGGUCGCUUCUCCCUCGACUUUGACGAGUCUGUCACGCAGCUUGUGGCAACCGCAGAUCAGUGGAAGAAGAAGGUUCCCAAAGUUAAGGAAGCCUUGCGCCGCAGAAUCCCCGUCGUCGAUCCUGACUGGCUCGACUCUUCCAUGAGAGACGACUACAAGAGACUGGAGCCUAAGAAGUAUGAGCACGCGACACUCCAGAAGGAGGUCAAUGCCAAGAAGCGCCGCAGCGAGCAGGUCAGAAAGGGUGUCAAGCAGGGCGAGAAUUAUAUCAACACUAAUCUCUAUCGGAUCUACCGCGAUGAGACCAACUUCGAAUGCCGGAUCGUUCUGCUCCGCGAGGAAGGUGAGCGAUUCAUCAUCGAGUUGUGGGAGUCGAACAACGACCCCAAACUUUACUUCUUCGCCUGCAGGUACCACAAGAAAGCUGGCGCCACAGGUAAGACUCUCCGCCCGAGCGAGACGCCCGGCUGUCUGGAGCGCGAGAUGAGAAUGUUUUGCGAUGCCUUCAAGACCAAGACCGGUGUCUUGUGGCAUGAUCGCUUACGAAAGGCCAGGGACGGCGUCGUCAAGGCGUAUGCUGGAGAGAAGAACGGUGGGUUCCGUUACGAACUUCCAACUGGUGGCAAGCCCGUCGGCCUAAUUCAUGGCGGGGAUUGUGAUGUUUCACUGUUAGGCAAGAGCCUUCCUGACGCUGCUGUAGAGAGACCCAAGAAGGUCUCGCCAGAGACUCCUGGGAACCUUCCUGUCAAGAUUGCCGUCAAGCCUCCCGCCAAGACUAAUGAUGAUAGCGACGACCUUAUCCUGACCCAAGUGGCCGACUUCGUGAAUGGUCCUAAGGCCUCUGCCACCGACGUGGUUCCUAAGGGUAGCUAUAACAUGAGUGGGGCUAUCAACAGUGCGAAGCCCAAGACAGCCGUCACUCCCAAGCAGAAGAAUAUUGCCAGUGUCAGGAAGAAGCGCUGUUUUUCCGCCAAGUCCAUGGCAGGAAACAAAGCCUCUGCUGGUCUGAGGUCCCUUGAUGAUGGCCGGAAGCUAUCGUCGCUUGAGAUCAAGAUAGCUUCUGCCAACAAGGCCGCCGCAAGAAAGGCCGAACUCGAAGCCAUGAAGAUGGACAAAUCCAACGCUGAUCCGGUCACUCCCAACAGGCCCACAGCCCAGAGCCAGCCCGACGCCCCCACCAAGCGCGAUGGCAGCACUGCCGUGAGCACCAACAUCAUGAACGACGACUAUCUGAAGACCAACAAGGGCUUGCCCAACAAGAGUCGUCCCAACAGCAUCCAAGCAACUAACGGUUCGCCGACCGGUGCAGCUCAGAAGGAGCUCGCAGUGCUUGUUCGUCCUCUCGACGAGAACAAGCUGAUGAAGGCAAAGAUGGAGGCAUCCGUCGCUGGACUCGCCAAGCCGAAGCCUCUCGACUCUUUUGCUAGCGGCAAUAGCAAGCGCAAGGUUCCUGACGAUUUUGAUGAUUCUGGUGUCGAGAUUCCUGCCACGCCAGUCAUGGCCGGCGGUGACAAUAUGGAGAUUGGGUCUGAUUCGGAUACUGAGAUGAAGGGUGCCGACAAGUCGCCGAGCUUCUUCGGCUCGAACCACCACCAGAGGGCGACUGCUCGAAAGAGAGCACUGAACUGUGACAAGCGUUUAGCAAUUACUGGAGUUGAACGUGAGACCGCCAUGUCGCCAAUAGUCUCGAACGAGGACGAUGUGGAUAACGGCGAGACCUCCGACGACGAGGCGCUUCCCGUCGACAAGGCUGCUGGUCGUCGAGGAGGAUGA